CUGCUUGCAACAUGAAGAUAAGCAACUACUCCUAUAUGUCUGUAUAUAUACACUUAAUACCCUACAUUCUCUUUCAUACGCUCCUUUAUUUGUUCACACUUAUACAUCAAUAAGAAAAGAAGCAUCAUCAACUAUCAUCAAUAAGGAAGUGAACACAUAUAUGAAAAAUCUUUUUUAAUCACUCCAGUGAAUGCAUGAUUUUUUUUCUCCACUCCCUUAAAAAUUAAACUGAUUCACACAAAAAGGGGUUGUCCAGAUUGAUGUCAUUUUAAACCAUAUUAUUUUUGAGUAAAGUUGCCAAAUAUGUACAUCUAUUUAGUUUUUUACCAAACUCUAGUAAAUAAAUAAGAUAUCCUACCAAAACUUAGCAAUAUUGCUAAAUUGCCAGUAAAGUUUAUUUUGGCUACAAUCUGAAAAGGCCCAAAAUCCCAUCAAAAUUCAUGCGUUACGUACAAAUAAGAUUUUAUGUCCCUUUUGAAAUUAAAAAAAAAACAGAAUUUUGAUACUAUAACUUAGUAUAGUUCUCAUGGAAGUCCUUCAAAAUCUCAACAUUUCAAACAAAGCCCUAAUCAUAUUGUAGCUCUACACAUCAUGCUAUGCUAAACAACCUACUCACAUCCUAUGCUCUAUUUAUUAAUAAAUAAAUGAACACUUUAAAGUCUCUAACACACACGCACGCAAGCCAGUGAUUAGUGAAACAGCUCACUCUAGAGAGAGAAGUCCAUCGUCCAUGCAAGCGAAGCUCGCCGGCGACGUGGUAAUAGCGCUGCACCGCCGGCCGGAGCUGUAGGAGAAGAGAAGGCGUCCGGCGAUGGCGGCGGCCGAGACGGUGAGGAAGCUGGUGGUGGAGGUGGUGGAGGCGCGGAACCUGCUGCCCAAGGACGGCACGGGCACGUCGAGCCCGUACGCCCGCGUCGACUUCGACGGCCAGCGCCGCAAGACGCACACCGUGCCGCGCGAGCUCAACCCGGCGUGGAACGAGGCGCUCGAGUUCAACUUCGCCGGCGUCGCCGGCGACGUCGUCGUCGGCGGCGAGCCGCUUGAGGUGGCCGUCCUCCACGACGUCCGCGUCGGGCCCAGCCGCCGGAGCAACUUCCUCGGCCGCGUCCGCCUCGACGCGCGCCAGUUCGUCCGCAAGGGUGAGGAGGCGCUCAUCUACUUCCCCCUCGAGAAGAAGGGCUUCUUCAACUGGGUUCGCGGAGAGAUCGGCCUCAGGGUCUACUACCUCGACGAGCCCGUCGCUCCGCCUCCGCCGCCGCCGGAGCCACCUGCCGCUGAUCCCGCUCCAGCCGAGGCCGCUCCCGAUGCUCCUCCGGCCGAUGCCGACGCCGCGCCGGAGGCGCCGGAGAAAGCGGAGGAAGCACUACCAGCUGCCAGCGGCGGUGACGAUGGCGCCACGGACAAGCCACCGGAGACUGACGCGGCAGCGGCAGCGGCAACUUCCGCGCCGGAGGAGGAAGCACCCGUGAUGGCAUCGGAGGCGGUGGCAGCUUCGGCGGAAGCCGCGCCGGAAGAAGAGCAGAUACUGACCCCGCCGCCGCCGCCCACGCCGACGCCGACGCCAAUGCUGCGGCAGGUGCCGGUGCCGGCGCGGCCACCGCCGCCGCCACCAGAGGCGCCGGUGGAGCGAUCAAAGCAUGACCUGGUUGACAAGAUGCCGUACCUGUUCGUCCGGGUGGUGCGCGCGCGGGGGCUCCCGGCGGGGGCGCACCCUCACGUGCGCGUCGCCGCCGGCGGCCGCCACGCGUCCACGCGGGAGGCUCGCCGCGGCGCCUUCUUCGAGUGGGACCAGACGUUCGCCUUCGUGCGCGACCCGGGGGCCACCGACUCGCCGGGACCAACGCUCGAGGUCUCCGUCUGGGACCUCCCGCCCGACGCCGACGUGUCCGACGCCGACGACCGCCACUUCCUCGGCGGGCUCUGCUUCGACACCGCCGACGUGCACGCGCGCGACCCGCCCGACGGGCCGCUCGCCACGCAGUGGUACAGGCUGGAGGGCGGGCGCCGCCUCGCCGGCGCCGACCUGAUGGUCGCCACCUGGGCUGGCACCCAGGCCGACGAGGCGUUCGCCGACGCGUGGAAGGCGGACUCCCCGGCGUCCUCGGUCGCGGCCGCCGCGGCGUCGCGCGCCAAGGUGUACGUCUCGCCCAAGCUCUGGCUCCUCCGGCUCACCGUCAUCGAGGCGCAGGACACGCUCACGGCGCCGCCGCCGCGCGACGCCGGCAUCGCGGUGCGCGGGACGCUGGGGUUCCAGUCUCUCAAGACGCGCACCGCCCCGGUGGCGCGCAACGGCGGCCCGUCGUGGAACGAGGACCUGCUGUUCGUCGCGGCGGAGCCGCACGCCGACGGCGACGACUGCCUCGUCAUCUCCCUCGAGGUGCGCCAUGGCAAGGACGCCUUCCCCGUCGGCUCCGCCAGCAUCUCGCUCGCCACCAUCGAGCGGCGCGUCGAUGACCGCAAGGUGGCCUCCAAGUGGAUCGACCUGCUCCCGUCCGACGAGGCCAUGAAGAAGGUCGGCAAGAAGGCGGCCAUGCACAUGCACGGCGGCCGGCUGCACGUGCGCGUCUGCCUCGACGGCGGCUACCACGUCGCCGACGAGCAGCCGUACGCGAGCAGCGACUUCCGGCCGUCGGCGCGGCAGCUAUGGCGCCCGCCGAUCGGCGUCGUGGAGCUCGGCAUUGUCGGGUGCAAGGGCCUCCUGCCGAUGCGCACCGCCGACGGCAAGGGCUGCACCGACGCCUACGCCGUCGCCAAGUACGGCCCCAAGUGGGCGAGGACGCGCACCAUCUCCGACAGCUUCGACCCGGCCUGGAACGAGCAGUACACGUGGCCGGUGUACGACCCGUGCACGGUGCUCACCGUCGGGGUGUUCGACGAUCCGCCGCCGCCGUCGCCGUCGCAGCUACCGGACGGCGCCAAGGACGCCGCCGCGUUCUCGCGGCCGAUGGGCAAGGUCCGGAUACGGCUGUCCACGCUGGAGAGCGGCCGCGUGUACCGCGGCGUGUACCCGCUCAUCAUGAUGCUGCCCACCGGCGCGAAGCGGAUGGGCGACGUCGAGCUCGCCAUCCGCUUCGCCGCGUCGGCGUCGGCGCUGGACGUGCUGCACAUGUACGGCCGCCCGGCGCUGCCGCCGAUGCACCACCUGCGCCCGAUCCCGGCGGCGAGCCGCGACGCGCUGCGGCUGUCCGCGGCGCGCAUCUCGGCGGCGCACCUGGCGCGGUCGGAGCCGCCGCUGCGGCGGGAGGCGGCGACGUGGAUGCUCGACGCGGCGGAGCCGCGCGGGUUCAGCAUGCGGAAGCUGCGCGCCAACUGGACCCGCGCCGUGGCGGCGCUGUCGUGGGUGUCCGACGCGGCGCGGUGGGCGGAGGACACGCGCUCGUGGCGGAACCCGACGGCGACGGCGCUGGCGCACGCCGUGCUCGUCCUCCUCGCGUGGCACCCGGACCUCGUCGUGCCGACGCUCACCCUGCACGUGGCGGCCGUCGGCGUGUGGAAGUACAGGCGCAGGCCGCGCGCGCCGGCGCCGCACCCGUGCGUGCGCGCGUCCAUGGCGGAGGCGGCGGACAGGGAGGAGCUGGACGAGGAGUUCGACGCGAUCCCGAGCUCGAGGCCGCCGGAGGUGGUGCGGGCGAGGUACGACCGGGCGAGGAUGGUCGGCGCGCGGCUGCAGGCGAUGGUCGGCGACGUGGCGACGCAGGCGGAGAGGCUGCAGGCGCUCGUGUCGUGGCGCGACCCGCGCGCCACGGGGGUGUUCGUCGCGCUCUGCGUGUUCGUGGCCAUGGCGCUGUACGUGGUGCCCAUCAAGGUGGUCGCCGUGGUCGCCGGGUUCUACUACCUCCGCCACCCGAUGUUCCGGGACCGGAUGCCGGCGCCGGCGAUCAACUUCUUCCGGCGGCUGCCGUCCAUGUCGGAAAGAAUCAUGUAAGAUAUAUGAAUAUAUGAUCCGGCAAGCAGUGCUAAUUGAUUACUUUGCAUAAUAAACAUUACCAUUGCCAUCCUCAUAGUGUUGUCGAAUUGUCUAUUUUCUAUGUUAGUAGAACAGAAUAAACGAAAUUAGUUUAUGUUUAUCCCAUGUAAUAUUUCAUUCGUAUUAUUAAUUAAUGGAUAUUAGGCAUGAAUAUUUUUCUUUACA